AUGAUAUUUCAACUUCUAAUUGUUGCAAUUUUAGUCCUUGUGGUCGUGUACCUGAAAGGUGUGAAAAAUGAACAAUACUGGAGAAAACGAGGUGUUGUUUUUUACCAAAGGAACAAGGUUGUGGGUAUCGCCUGGGAUUAUAUCACGCAAGAUCGGGCGUUCUUCGAGCAUUUCCAUGACAUAUACAAGAAAUACCCUAACGAACCAGCUGUCGGAAUCGGCUCUGUUCUGAAACCAGCAAUACUGCUCAGAGACCUUACUAACAUACAGCACAUAACGUCUACAGAAUUCAACGCCUUCAACCACAAAGGAUUCGAGAUCAUAGAAGAGGACACGCUAGCUAACAACAUCUUCCUCGUCAACGGUAGAAAAUGGAAGCUACUGAGGCAAAGCAUGUCCCCCCUGUUCACGUCGAGUAAACUUAAAUUGAUGUAUCACACUAUUGAUAAAAGCGCUCGAGACAUCGUCCCGUAUAUGAGAAGUAAUCCGAAACUAAUGAAAGGAAAUGCAUUGGAGACGGUUUCGACGUUUUGCAGCGCAGCCAUGACGGCAGCGGUGUUCGGAAUCUCAGCAAACUCCAUCUUCGAAUCACCAUUCCUAAAAAUUAUACAAAACGUAGUCAAGCCGACGUUUUGGCUGGGAUUGAAGUUCGUCUUGAGCAUAAAUGCGCCGGUUCUUGUAAGGAUCUUCAAAAUAAAGUUUUUCAGUCAAGCUGAAAAAUUCUUCGUUGGAGCCAUCAAAAAUCUCCUAAAGUCGAGAGUAAAUGAGCCCAUAAAAAGACACGACUUCGCUGAUCUAUGUGUGUCUAUACAGAAGAAUGGGAUGUUAAAAGAUGAGGAAACGGGAUUGGAAGUCGACCCUACCGAUGAGUUGUUGGCCGCUCAAGCUUUCUUCUUCUUUACGGCUGGAGUGCAUCCGACCGCCACUGCAAUUUACAACACUUUGCUUCUCUUGGGCCAACAUCCGGAGGCACUCAAGCGUUUGCACGACGAAAUUGACGAGGCCUUUGAUAAAAAUGAAGGCAACAUGAGUUUCGACGUCGUUGCCCAAUUGGAAUAUCUCGAUAUGGUGCUCAAUGAGUCUAUGAGGCUUUACCCACCCGUCGGCUAUGUUUUACGAGAGUGCGUUAGUGACUCGGUGUUGCCCGUUGGGAAUAUUAAGAUAGAGAAAGGAACCACUUUAUUUAUACCGAUAUUUCCAGUACAUCGCGACGAAAAAUACUACCCGGACCCCGAAGUUUUUGAUCCGGAAAGACUUUAUCGGGAUAACAAAGCUAAACUGAAUGAGAAGGCUUUCCUACCGUUCGGUAAAGGUAACAGAAUAUGUAUAGGCGCUCGGUACGCCACAGCGCAAGCUAAAGCUGGAUUGGUCCAACUAUUACGGAAUUUCACCGUCAAGACCAAAGUCUUUGGAAAUGACAUCAAAUACAAGAAAGACCAAAUUCAGGUUCAACUUACGAACGUUGAUGUUGAGUUUAUCGAACGAAAAGUAAAAUGUUACUUAUAA